AUGGGAGAAAACGGGGCUGGCGUCAAAGUUUCAAACGGUGUGAUUUCUAUGCUACAUCACUGCCUUACAACAUUUGGAUCUGGAGAAAAAGAAUGCAUUAUCCAUUGUGAUAAUUGUGCAGGUGAAAAUAAAAACAGAUACGUACUGGGGUAUCUGUCGUGGCGGACACUGUUAGGUCUACACAAGGAUAUUACCCUUUCAACGCAGGUGCCCUAUCAUGGACGUUGUCUGGUGGAUGCUGGAUUUGCCAACAUCAAGCGUUUGUACCACAGGACUGAUGUUGAUAGUUUAUCCGGUUUAGUGGAUGUCAUAAACAGAAGUGCCAAGUCAAACAGAUCGGUGACAUAUCUAAAUGAUGCGGGGGAACACAACUGGGAAUGGUUUGAUUGGAAGACAUUUAUAUCCCAGUACUUUGGCCCAGUAAGAGGCAUACGGAAAAUGCACCAUUUUAGAUUUUCUUCGUCAUUUCCUGGAAAGAUGUACGUCAGAGAAAGGGCUGAUCAGGUAGAGACCGAAAUUGUAUUAUUAAAGUCUGCUGUUACACCUGAAGGCCUGACAGCUACAUGUAAUACCGUGAUGCCGGAUACUGUACCACCAGGAGGGAUUUCUCCAGAGAGACAGAAAUACCUCUAUCGUAUGGUCAGACCAUUUGUCAGGGAUCCUUAUAAAGAGCUGACUUGUCCGAAUCACGAGGAAUAAUCACACCAUAAU